AUCUCAUCUGUGUUUUCCCUUAAAAUGCUGUUUGAUUUGUGGAAUUAUCUCGAUGAAAAUUUGGAGCAGUGGCCUCAUCUGAACGAACUGCUUCAGUGCUACACCAGUGACUGGGUGAAAGAUGAGAGCAAGUAUGGGCAUUAUGAGAGUGUCAGUCCUCCUCACUUUCACAAUCAAAUAUUUGAGGGGCCUGAUACUGAAAUCCAGACUGAAAUGAACCUUGCAAAUGCAAGGCAAACCACGGGUGAAGAUGCUACUGAUGAUGACACCCCAAGUACCUCUGAACGGUAAUUUGCAGACUCUCAUGUUUCUCAGGUUUUGCUGUUUAACUCUUUUAUCUGGCUAUUGGUUUUAUUUGUUUAUGCAUUAAUUAUUUUGAGGUGUUGAUUUCUAUAUUUUUCCUCCUUAAUUUUAAUGACUUGUUUAGCGUUUUGGCCAAUCUAUUCUAAAAAAUAGAAUAAAUAGCUUGCUUAGCU